AGAAGAAGUUGAGAUGAAACAGGAGACAGAGGAGACAGCUCCUGCUCCUGCUGAAGCUGGAUCUGCUCCUGAAAACCUCGAUCAGGCAGCGAUCGCUGAGAAAGCAGCAGUCGAGGCUCAAGAGAAGAUUGACGCGCAAGCUCUUCCAAUCCGAACCUAUCUCGAUCAAACUGUAGUUCCCAUCCUCCUGCAAGGGCUCUCAGAGCUUGUUCGAGCAAGGCCGGACGACCCAGUCGAGUAUCUUGCAGCCUACUUGAUGAAACACAAUCCGAAGAACAAGAAAUGAAAUGCAUCACAUUGUUGACAAACUUGAGUGUGAGGUCUGCAAAAUCUGGAUUGCAGCACGAAAAUCAGUCUACCAGCUCGUCAAAGGUUGUACAUGUUCAUGUCUGAGGACAGGCAAAAUGAUGUGUUCAAGACCACUUCCUCGAUUAUCGCCAACAGGGAAUAUUCAACAGUGGAAUAAAAACAAAGGGUGAUUGGCUGC